AUUGUCCUGCGUUCGUCGCAAUGACCGAGGCCGCGUUCCAGAAGGCUGCCGAGGAGGUGAAGCAGCUGAAGUCGCAGCCCACGGACCAGGAGAUGCUGGAAAUCUACAGCCACUACAAGCAGGGCACGGUGGGCGAUGUGAACACGGACCGCCCUGGUAUGCUGGACUUUAAAGGCAAAGCAAAGUGGGAUGCCUGGAGUGCACUGAAAGGAAUGUCCAAAGAAGAUGCAAUGAAAACUUACAUAGCAAAAGUGGAAGAACUAAAGGGCAAAUACGGCAUCUGAGGACUGAAUAAAUCAGCUACAUGCACGCCUGAAACCUGCCUUAUUUCUAAUAAUGUGGAAAACUGGUUUCUAAGAGUAACCUUAGGUACUUAAUAUGUCAUAGCCGGUUCUCCUCAUGCCUGUAGUC